GGCUUCGCUGGCUUGCUGCGGACCACACGUGUCGUACCCUCUCACUUCGCAACCAGAAGAACAAGCAGCAAGCAGCUCAAGAAUUAAAGGGGGACUCUUUUCGGUAAUAACCAUGGCCACCCGCGACACGACUACGCCAGCAUCCACGCCUCCCUCGCCUUCGCCCAGGGCUGACGCCGCCCCGUCGGACAGCGAGACGCCUGGAAGAAGCCCUGAUGUCGUCGACAUCACCGGCGGUGAGGAACCGUGGACCGCCAGCGCUGCCCGCAGCACGUCCGACCCCCCCCCCCCCUCCGCUACGAGCGAGCAAGCGCGCUGCUGCAAGGACGGCUACGAGUACGGUGUCGGUCGAGGCCCGUAAGGGCAAGAAGAAGGCGUCAGGACGUGCGUCGACGGCAGCUUCGGUCAGCUCAAGCAGCAAAAAGGGCUCUGAGGACUCCGGGAGUACAGGACCUACGAAGAGAGCCGAGGAUGCGGGCGUUGAAACGGACCCCGACGCGGAAGAGAAGGUUGCGCUUCCAAGAGCCAAACGGGCAAAGAAGUCCCCUGCUCCUGCUCCAUCACCCACGGCACGAACGCCCGCGCCAGCCAAGACCGCGGAGGCGUCGGGUAACGAUGGGGGUGGGUUCAACCUGAACGAGUUCAUGGCUUCGUUUGAGCCCAGCCGAGCUGUGCCAGAACGAAGAGAAGCCGCUGCCCUGCCUACAGCGACGCCGGCCCAAGCUUCGUUUCGACAUGAUUCGUCAGCCGAGGUCACUGAGACCGACGUCGAGCCGGUCAUGGCCGAACUCGGAGCGCUGCGGGAGGAGAUUUCCCGCCUGCGAAUGCUUCAAGGUCAAGGUGAGCCUCGGUGGGGGCCUGCCGCAUCGGCUCCUUUGUUGGAAGUUCCCACUAGUGCUGGUACUGCCCCAAACACAAAAGGAGAGCUUCCUCCUCCAGAGGUUCGCUUCCUGACGUGUGGAAGUUUCCCGGAAAUUUCGAAGAAGUCCAAGGGCGAGUAUAAUCCGCCGCAAACCCACCUUCUGGCAGCAAGUCGCAUGUUCCGUGGAUUGGGCCUGGAACCAGGUAAGAUGAAGUCUCCUAUGUCGUUUGUGCUGAUGCUGCGGGAGCUAGAGUGCGUGAAGUUCAAGACAUCUCCGGCGGUUCUGAUGGCGGUCUUCAGUGGGCGCCUGGGCUCAAGAGGUCUUACCGUCAUGCACUUUAAGGAGGCGAGCGAAAUGUCGUGCUUGGAGGAUGGCUCGACCAACGUCAACUUCUCUAGUGGCUUCAGCCCAUCUGCAACACUACCAGGCUCCACGAUACAAUGUUCUUCGUAUGACGACAUUCUGGAUGGCAUUCAUGGCCUCAACGCGCUUGGCCAAGAGGUGUGGUUUGACUACAUGCGCAAGUUGGCAUCUCGUCUCCGGACUUUCGUGUGCAAGAACAAGUCCGCCGACCCAAGCAACACGCCGACCCGUGUCCGGGCUAACCCUCAUGUACCAUUGAGUACCAGUCCGCCGCGUGGACGAUGGCUCUGGUCAAUGUCGCGACUCAAGCUCACGAGGAUGAAAGCCGGUGAGGGCGUGACGGCCGAGGCAAGCAAGAUCAAGACCGAGCACCAGCUAUCCCCGGUGCCAUUCGUCGGCUGA